UAUAUUCGACGUUUCCCCAUCUUCUUCUACAAUCUACUCGCUCCACAUCUCCGCAAUCUAGGGUUAGGGUUAUCUCCAGUUUUCAUCAAUUUUCAGACCGGGAAAUAUGAGUUCAGCUGGCGCAACAACCAAGGGAGGCCGCGGGAAGGCUAAGGCGACGAAAUCUGUCUCCAGAUCUUCCAAGGCCGGAUUGCAGUUCCCCGUCGGAAGAAUCGCAAGGUUUCUAAAAGCCGGCAAGUACGCUGAACGAGUUGGCGCUGGAGCUCCCGUCUAUCUCUCCGCCGUCCUCGAGUACCUCGCCGCUGAGGUUUUGGAGCUCGCGGGGAACGCCGCAAGGGACAACAAGAAGAACAGAAUCGUUCCUAGGCACAUCCAGCUGGCGGUGAGGAACGACGAGGAGCUGAGCAAGCUUCUCGGAUCGGUGACCAUUGCAAACGGCGGUGUUCUACCAAACAUUCACCAGACUCUUCUCCCGAAAAAGGCUGGUGGGAAGGGGGACAUUGGAUCUGCUUCUCAGGAGUUUUGAGGAUCUUACAAGCUCUAAUCAAAGGCAUUUCUGUAUUUUUUGGCUUCUAGGUUUUUCGGAUGGAUUUUGAUCAAACAGUUCUGUGAUAUAUAAGAGUUCGAAGUUUCUUCUCCCCUGAAAGUUUCUUAGUUGAAUGUUAAAGUCGAAGGUUGCUUUCAAUUGCAUUGAUGCAGAACCCUACUGAUUGCCUAUCUGCCUUGACUUUCACCAGUGUUUCACUAGCUUGUUGAUGGUUGUGAUUUGUGAAGUCUGAAUAUGGUGUUGAGUGCAGCCCAUUUCGUUUGAAAUCUGUUUUGAUUUCCUCCGUACUUAGCCGCCUGAUUAUGUUGUGGAGAUGUAGAAAAAGUAUAGGUUCAGGUUUUGGAGGUAAAGAGUCAUAGCCAAAGAUCAUGUUCAUCAUUUGGAUGUUUUAAUAGCCUUUUUGAGAUCAGUAAGGUGCCUUCUGAAUGUCCAUAGUGAAGGUACUUUGCAACUAAUCAGUCUUUUAUUGUGCAAGAUAACGCCUUUAGAAUCUGACAAACGAUUGAAAUGAUUAGUCCUGAUGAUGAUUUCCCCAGCUACCCAGAUGAUGAAUUAGUACUUCUGAUGAUUUCCUCAGCUACUCGGAUGAUUUCCUCAGCUACUCAGAUGAUGAAUUAGUACUUCUGAUGAUUUCCCCCUGCUACUCAGAUGAUGAAUGUUUAGUAGAAAAGAUUUGGAAAUUUGGGUUCUGUUUUCCGGCGAGGAUAAUUUUUAUGGGUAAACAGAAGGUUCUCUUCUUUUGGUUUCACUUUUGAUGAAAUCUUGUACAGCAGUCAGCUGUACCCCCUUCUCUUUGGUAUCGGGUUGUUUCUUUCGAGAAUUUGAGGAUGACCAACCUGGAUUCUGGAUAUGGUAUUUACUGGUGGCGUAGAUUAGAUUUGCGGGGGAGUGAAGACCUUGUGAUGCUGCAUAUCUUUCCACUUUCGGGAAUUGGUAAUUUCGUGCUAGAGCUCCAAAUAAGUAAUCGACUAUGAA